GGUGUAUUUUCCUAAAUACGCCACAGUUAAGAGGGAAGCCCAGCGAACAUCGGUCACGCGGAGUUUGUACAGCCAGACAAUCGAGUUUACGCGGCGGAGACGAUUUUAUUUUGGCACUUUUAAUCACUUGAAGCAGGUUUAAUCAUGGUUAAAGUAACAUUUAACUCCGCUUUGGCGCAGAAGGAGCUGAAGAAAGGGGAAAAGGACGAGGCUCUAAUCCCACAGGAAGGGGAUGUUGAGGAGGUUCUGCGGGUCAGGCAGCAGUCUUGGGCCUGGUGCUGGUGCGUGUGUCUGGGUCUGGCCCUCAUGCUGUCCGGCGUGGUGGUCGGAGGAGCUUACCUCUACAAGCAUUACAUGAUGGAGUUCCCGCAGGAGGAGGAGGUGUAUUUCUGCGGCGUGAGCUACAGCGAGGAGCACUUCAUGGUUCCUGACAGCGCCGAGGAGCACAGCGCACCUCUGAAGAGACUCGACGAGCGAGUGCGGAUCCUGGAGAAGGAGCAGGUGGAACUGAUCAGCGUCCCCGUGCCGGAGUUCAGCGACAGCAACGCCGCCGAGAUCGUGCAUGACUUCGUCCUCCGUCUGACUGCUUACCUGGAUCUGAGUCUGAAUAAGUGUUACAUCACCCCUCUGAACACCUCCGUCGUCAUGCCGCCCAGAGACCUUCUCGAUCUGCUCAUCAACAUCAAGGCCGGCACCUACCUGCCGCAGUCAUACAUGGUGCGUGAGCAGAUGGUUGUGACGGAGAAGGUGGAGGAUUUGGAGCAGCUUGGUUACUCCAUCUACAUGCUGUGCAAAGACAAAGACACUUACAAACUCCAGCGCAAGGACACCAUACCAGGCAUUCAGAAGCGCGAGGCCCUGAACUGCCAAAAGAUCCGCCAUUUUGAGAACAGGUUUGUGUUGGAGACGCUGAUCUGUGAAUAAUUCCGACAGGGAAGAAGCAUUUCGGAGAAAUUCCACUCGAGUGCAGUGUCGACAUUGGCGUGUAACCUCUGACCUCUGCUCUUUCCUCUUCUCGUUUCCUCCGUGUGUGUGUGUGUGUGUGUGUGUGUGUGUGCGCGCACUCUCUUCUCCUCCGUACAGCAGCAGGACGGUGGAUUCGGAGAGUAAAAGUCUCUCUCUAUCUUUAUCUUUUUGAGUGAAUUAACAACUUCACCUGGGCUUUUUUUGUAAAAUAGGGACUCUUACUUUGGUGGUAGUUUUCAGUUUUCUUGGGAAAUCUGCUCAAGGAGCGCAAAUUUAAUUCCCCUGAAAGGAUUUAAACCACAUUUUUGUAUAGCUUAAGGCGCGUGUGUAAACAUGAGGCAAUAAAAAAAAAAUCACUUUUUUGUGUGUCUUUAUAAAAAAAACACAACAACUGUGAAACUUUAUAAAAUAAAAGUCACAGGCCAGUUUAGCAUAUUGUACACUGGAGUGUGUGAAUAUGUAGGAGAUUCUAUAAAUAUAUAUAUAAAUAUAUAUAUAUUUUGUCACGGCUUAACUUCACUUCAUCUUGUACACUGGAGCUUCACGAACUAAAUAAACAUAAGCGUAGGAAUUUAGUUGUAUUAAUUCUGUCGAUUUAAGAGGUUUUUUAUUUUCUUUUUUUCUUCCUUGCUUUUAUUAACCGCUUAAUAUUAAUAACCAGCUUGAGUACAAGUAUGGGACAUUUUUAUCCUAAACCUCUAACUGCGUUCAGAUAGCAGGAAGGACGGGAAAGAAGGUUUUAUUUCUCAGACCUUUUCACAUUUCAUAGUUCUCCGUGAUUGAAAUAUUCAAGCCGAUUUAGAAACCUGGAAAAGGUUGAUGUCUUAUACCGCAGACGUUUAUCAUCUCAGUUAAGUAUGUUAUGUUGAAUUAUCGUGGGUAAUAUUUACAGAAAAAAGAUUUAAGUGUAAAGGGUUAACUCAAUAAAACUGGACCACUUCAUUUGUCUUGUGAGGUUCAUUUUAUUUAUUUAUUUCUGGGGUGCAAUUAUUUUUCCGAAAGAUUUUUCCCAAUUUGUGCAGAAUUAAUUAUUUGGGGGGAAAAAAACGUGCUUUAUUUGUGAAAAAUUAAUUAUGUUUUUUAAAAAAUUGGGUGAAGGAUAUAUAUGAAAAUGAAUUUAAUUUGGGCGGGGUUAAAAAAAAAUGAAUGAAUCAUGGAAAAAUAAAUAAUUAAUAAAGGGAAUAAAUUAUGCAAAAAGGAAGGAUAGUGUCUGGUGAAAAUAAAAGCAUGAAAAUAAAAUGUAAUUUUUUUUAAGUGAAAUAAAACAUAACUUGGAAAAACUUAAAAAUAAAUCAUGAAAUUGUGUGGGAAAAAUAAAAACUACAUGUGAACAAAAAAAUUAUCAGGAUUUCUUUAUAUAUUAAUAAAUCAGUAUAAUAUUCAAUAUAAAUCGAUUAUAUUUAUAUAUUAAUAUAAUUUAGAUGAUUUAUUUUUGGCUGGGGUUUUUUUUGUGCCUAGAAUAUUUUCUAACAGAAAUAUAUGAAUAAUUAAUUAUUCAAAAUAUAAAUAAUUAUUUUAAAUAAUUAUGAGAAUGAAUGGCAUGUUAAAAUAAUUAUAAUACUUAUAUAAUUAUUAUUUGGAAUGAACAUAUGAAAAUGAAUAAUGUCAUGUGUAAAAUUCCAUCAUGAACCCCUGAGGUACUCAAACUCAACAGGACACGUGAUGCAGAGUGUGAGAGUUGUGCAGACUAGAUCGAUCCAGUUUAUUCUCCAUCAGCAGAAAAAUAAUAAUAAUAAAGUCACAGAAAUGAUCCACCAUGCAGGAGUCGGUUCUCACACACACGCGUCACAAACCCUCCAUCAAAAAAAAAGAAAGAACAUUUGCACAGGCGAGCAAAUAGAAUCACAAACAUCGGGAUGUUCCACACGACACAUUCAUGCUCUCUUACACACACACACUCACGUAUAGACAUCAUAGUACCUCAUAGUGUAAAAAAUAAAACUUUUAAAUAAGAACGAGGAGAACACACCACGGCUCUGUGAGGAUGUUCAGCAGUUUGGGCUGGUUUUCUUCUUCUUCCCACUCAACACACACACACUUGUGCUUUCUUCUAUCUGUGCGAACGUUAUUGCAGGUGAAAGACGGGGUGUUUCUACAAUUCUUACAUCAGUCAUAUACACCAUCAUCAUUAAAAAUAAUAAUAAUAAUAAUAAGCAAUAUAGUGUCACGUACACAUAGUGUUGUAAAUCCAGACCUGGUUGAAAUGAUGCUUCUUUUUAAAAAAUAAUAAUAAUAAUAUUUAACGUAUUAUUCUAGAGCUUCAGUAUAUUUUUUUUCACCCCACGCUAACACAAACGGCAGGAAUGGUAAAAGAAAAUCUUCUUCAUAAACAUCUCUGACUAUCUAGAGACACUUCUUUAUGGCACGAGCUUAAAUUCAAUAGAUUUAACACACACACACACACACACACAUCAGUAAAAUCUGUGAUUGAAAUCUCUGAUGGAAAUAAAAGUGUGGAUGGUUUGGGUAUCCAGUCCCGUCGUAUACACCCUUAGUGAAGGAGCACAUCUGAAAGAUUCCUUUGGUAUAAACUACCGCUAAAGACUGCAAAGUGACCAAGUGGAAUGAAGGAGGUGAGGAAACUACGAAGAUUGUAAAAAAAAAAUUAAA